AUGGGACUCAGCAGAUUCGAAUUGAGAUUGUUGCAUUUUUUUGACAAUUAUUGCAUUCUUCAAUUCACUUUUGGAGUCAAUUUAAAGCUUGAUAAGAUGUGGCGGUGUUCUGUGCCUCCGCUCUUCCGUCGGUCGCAGAUGGUUCGCAACGCUAUCUUUCUUUAUUCGUGUAUUAAUAUGUGGCCGCUUUGCGAAGUGGAAGAGUUGUUUCUCGCCGACCAGAAACAAUAUGAUCUGAAUAUCUCAGUUUCUCCGCAAAUUGGACUCAUCAAAGACGCAUUGAAAGCACUCUCUACUUUUGAGCGCGAACCGUCUUUGCCAGAAUCUCUUGACUUGUAUACCCGAACUCUGGGGUACUUUUCAGAUUUGAUAAAAAACACUCAAGACAUGCUCCUUGACCCAUUACGCCUCGCUUCAGAUUCAUUUACUGCUUCAGAGUUGAUGAUCACCAGUAUCAUCUUAUACCUGUUUCUCUGGCUCCAUCCACACAAAUUGCUUCCUAUUUUGUUGGAAGAAAGCUCACUGAAAAAUGAACUGAAACCAGAAACUACAGACUUUAUAUCUGUGUGCCGUAGUCUUCUGAAUGCUAGAGAUUUGCUUUUGAGUUCUCUAUCACGAACCGAGUUCAGAGCCAUCGUCGAGACACCAAGAAAAGUACCUCUUCUGUUCAAAAAACACAAGUUUGCGAUCAUUGUGCAAUUGGAAAAAGAUCUCGAGAUAUAUUACGAAGACAAAAAAGAUAUGGACAGUCUGUGUUACGAAGAGAUAGAAACAAUCAGAAAGUCGCUAGACCUCUUGGCUUCGGAAUUCUAUCAUACGGCAACACUCAAUUACCCACUCUUCCUCUUUCGAUGGCCGUUGAGAUUACCCCAACUAUUUGACGAGCUCCUUCGAAAUAGACACUUUUUUGCUUUAAGGGUAUACUUCCAGUUCUCCUGUAUCGUCACUGCUGCUGGCUUUUACCUUUAUCAACAACUGAACAUGUGGAUAGAUUAUAUGAAGUGGUUCCGAGACUACAAUAUGAAAGUGUACGGAGACUGGAUUUAUAGUAAGGACCAAUACUUUUAUAAGUUGGUGACAGAAAGACAAUAUAGACUACCCGCGGGUGGUCUUGGCUGUUUGUACGAUUUUGAUCCAGAACUAGUGUUGAGUAUGUUAGACAUAGAUAUGAAUUGA